GCAGAAGCAGAAGCAGAAGCGGAAGCGGAAGCAAGUAGCAACAGUGGUCUCAGAAACUUUGAAGAUAUAAUAAGUGAAUAAGUAGCUGAAGUUUGUGUGUCUUCUUAUAAACUUUAGCCCGAGUGAUAAAAAAAACAACAAAAAUGGAAGCGAGGCUUUUCCCGCUUACUUGCACAUUGCUUCCAUUUUCACAUAUGCCAUCGUCGGCAACCCAUCCAACUCUUUGGCCCUCGUCCUUAAGACCCACAUAUGCACCUGGCACAGUUUUAAGGAGGAGCUUGAAAAAGGAAGAGCCACUAUUAGAAGGUCUUCCCAAAGAGUACUACGAUGAUGAAUGGCAAGCGCAACAAAGGGAGAAAACUAAGGAGCUGCAUCGUAGACGUCAAGAGGAAGAUGAAGAGGAGGAGAGAAAGGUUGAAGAGUACCGUGAGAUUGGCAUGAGAUUGAAAGAUUAUCCAGAAGAAGAUGUUCGGAAUGCUCGGAAAUUGAUUUCCAGCUUUAUUAGAGCGGCUGAAGAAGUGGAAGAGAAAAUUGAGGAAGCUGGUGAGAAAGGGGAACUGACUGAACUUGUGUUGAUGGUCAUAUGGAAUCGCCUUGACCUCGCUCGACGGGAUGAGGAAAAGGAUGUAAUUAGAAGUCUUGAUUUGCUAUACAGAAGGAUUGAGGCUGAGAUUCUGAAACAGGAGGCCUCACCUGCCAUGCGAUUGCUCAACGAACUUUUAAAUAUGCAUGAUGGUUUUGAUGAUGAGGUGUGGCAGAAGGAAUGUAAAAAGCGCAUGAUUGAUAUAUUCCCACGCGAGGAUCCAUUUAGCAUUUUAGUUCCAGAUGGAUUUGACCUUGAUAAGCAUGAGGGACCUCUCCGGGUACCUCUUGAAGUGGAUGAUGCUCUAUUGAGGGUAGACUUUGUAAGAGAGGUUGAUAUGCUGCUACAAGAGGUUCGAGCUGAACAAAGCGAAAAACAAAUUUCACAAGGGCUAGAUCCUGAAUCCAUUGCAAGUAGAUUGAAGCAGCAGGAGAAGCAACGGGCCAUACGACUGGUAGAAACUAUACUAAACCUGGCCGUUGAUUUAAAAUGGUAGCAACUGAAUGUUUAUCAUAGAAGGCUUGACGGAUGGAGUCAUUGCAAAUGGAACCUGAGAAACUCUUAGACCCAGCUUCCCUUGUAUAAAUUUUCUCAAGGCAACCCUUUGCCGUGGUACCACUCUACAGUCACUUUUAGGACUGCCCACUAUGUAGUAUAACAUUACUUUUCUUGCUAUGAUGAACUUAUAGAAAGGUAGGUAUUGCAGAUAUUUGUCAACUACUUAAAGAGAUGGUGGAGAUAGUUUCUGUAUU